UCGCAACGGACGGAGCAGUUAGAGAAUAAAAACAGAGGGGGCCUCUUUACUCCGUCCGGCCAUCCGUGCGGGAUCAACGCCAGGCCUGGAGCGGAGCGGGGACGGUGGAGUAGCCCCCCGCCCCAAGUCCGCUCCUCGUUCUCAUCGGCUUCGUCUCCCGUGCCCUGGGGCCGCGGCCGGGGUUGCUCCCCGCGCUGCCGAGGCGCUGCAGCCAUGCAUAUGGCGGCAGUGGCGGAGGCGGAGGCAGAUCUUGGGCCUCGGUUGGGGAUUUCGCCGGCGACCCCCGACAUUGUCCGCAAGCCGGAUCAGCAGUCCCGGACGACAUGCGCGGAUGGCUCGUGCUGCACUACUCUGUUCACCGGUGCAGCGUCGGCACCGGCUGCUGGCUCUGGGAAGGCGGAGAGCGACGGGUUGGCCUCGGCGCCGUCGCCCGUACAGGAGCAGUCUCAGUCCGCAGCGGAGGAUUUGGGCGAAGUGGAAUGUGCUCCGGUGAGCACGCAGGAAUCCGGCACCUUGCCUCCACUGAUGGGCGAGUCCUUCUGCAAGGUCGCACAGCAAGAGCAGCAGCAGGAAGAAGGUGUUGCCAGUGUCAGUGAUGCUGGUGGUGCGGCUUCUGUCCCUACUCCGGAGAAAGUGGAGCCUACACCUAGGAGGCGGUGGAAGAAGUCGGCCAAGGGGGUUCUCCGGUUCAAGGUGGUGAAAGAUAAAGUGAUGAAGCCGAAGAUGACCGCGAAGACGGCCACACCCCGGAAAGUGAAGAAGGAUAAGCGGAAGCGAACACUGGAGGAUAGUAGCCAACAUGUUGGUGCUGGCAGCUCUAAUAGCGCGAGACGCAAGUUGGAUUUGGAUUCGGAUUCAUCUCAAAGUAAAACCUGUUUUAGCAGAGCCAAGUUGGUGGAUAAUUUGAAGUGCCUUGCCAAGAGUCAUGGUUUAAGUGUUCAACCAACUCGGCGCACGAGGAGCAAGAGAGGGAGGAAGUGGCAGCUGAUGGUGCCUUACCAGGGGACUCUAACUGGUGCAUCAUCCUCUGCACUCGUUCCACUUUGGGGCUCAGGCCAACUUGAUAUCGCAUGCCAUGGAAAUCAUGGGAAGAAAUUGUGGAAUAAGGUGUUGGGCCUUACUGAGGAGACACUGCGGGUGUGUGAUGUUCUGGCAAAGUGGGAUGGGAGUGACAGUGAGAGUUUUGAAGGGUUUGAUAUUGGCAGCGGACCUUAUUGGAAUCAAACACGACACAUGUUUGAAAAAUUAGUGGAUAUAUUCAUUGCUGCAGUGCUUGAUCUAAUGGGGCCCAGAAAAUUCUCUCCAUGGGGAGGAUCCGUAAUUGAUUCUGUGGUUGGUACUUUCCUUACACAAAAUGUUGCUGAUAAUUUAUCAAGCCACGCUUUUAUGAACUUAGCAGCAAAGUUUCCUUCAAGGAAGAGAUGCCAUAAAGCUGAAGAUUGUUCAAAUACAGCUCCGUCAAUAGAUGAUGUUGAUGAAAACUUCAACCAAAAUGAAGCAUCUGAUACUUUUGAUUCAGUCGGCUCAGAUUUUUAUGAAUACAUUGAUUCUGAAGAAGAAGAUGGCCAUGGUACAGAGAUUAAAGGGCAUUAUGGUGAAGAAUACAGUAGACUUAUAGAGAGUUUCAUUGCUAAUCUCAAAGAGAAAGGCAUUUCUACUUGGGACAGUGACCUUAUGAACUUAGUGAAGGAUAAGUCUGGAAAUCCAAUAUGCACUGAAAGAACCUUAAGAAAGUUUAUAGCUUCAUUGCGACCGGUCCGAUCAUCUAUCUGGAAAGAGUUACGGGAGGAAGCAUAUGGAAAAGGAUACAGUGACAGAAGUCGAACUGGAACAAGUGAUGCUGUAGAUUGGGAAUCGGUACUACACGCACCGAUUGCUGAGGUCGCGAAAUGCAUUGAAGUUAGGGGACAGCAUUACAUUUUGGCAUUGCGUAUACAGGUUUUCCUCAUGCAUGUAAAGAAUGCUCAGGAUGGAAGCUUUGACCUGGAUUGGUUAAGAUAUAUAUCACGUGAAAAAGCCAAAAAUUUUCUGCUCAGUAUACAUGGGAUUGGAGAGAAAAGUGCUGACUGCAUUCGUCUUUUGUCUCUGAGGCAUAAAGCAUUCCCAGUUGAUGUCAAUGUAGCUCGCAUAGUCACAAGGCUAGGAUGGGUCAAACUUCAACCAUUAAAUGGUGCUGAGUUCCAUUUAAUUAACUCCUACCCAAUCAUGCGCGAUGUUCAAAGGUAUUUAUGGCCUCGGUUGUGCACCAUUGAUAAGGAAAAACUGUAUGAACUGCACUGUCUUAUGAUAACUUUUGGAAAGGUAAUGUGCACAAAAAUAAAUCCGAACUGCAGUGCCUGCCCUUUCAGUGCAAAUUGCAAAUAUUAUAGUAGUUCACUUGCUAGAAAGUCGCUUCCUCCUCCAGAGAAGCAUGAACAUGAACACAGAGAACAGCAAGCAAGGAUGGUUGCUUCUGGGAGAUUUCUUUUAUCAAAUGAUAAUUGCAUGCCAAGUUCUCACCAUAUGUAUCAACAUCAAAUUGAAAUAAGCAGGACUGCUGAAACACCAUCCAUCAUUCAUAACUGUGAGCCAAUUGUUGAGAUGCCACAAAGCCCAGAAUAUGAAUACGAAGAAGCACCUAAUGUGCAAGAAGAUUCCUACGAAGAUGAUCAAGAUCUUGAAGAUAUUAUACCAGGAGUACAGUAUGAUGGUGAGAUAGAUCUUUGUUCAAGCAAGCAUGUGCUCAACAACAGAUCUUGGACACCAAACUGCGGAAAGGACUUGGUCAUGAUCAAUCCAAAUUCCAGCUUCGGACCAAAUAAAAAACUGAAAAAUAUUGGCCGUCUUAGGACGGAACACAACGCAUAUGUCCUCCCAGAUGACCAUUUAAUCUUGGAAGAGUUCGAAGAGAGAGUUCGAGAAGAUCUAUGUCCUUACCUCCUGGUGGUUAUUUCGUGUCCUGAUGACUACACAGUGACAGGCACUGUUCUGAUACCCUGCCGGACAGCAACUCGAGGGAAGUUUCCGCUGAAUGGUACCUACUUCCAAGCAAAUGAGGUUUUUGCAGAUCACUCAUCUAGUCGUCACCCAAUAACUAUACCUAGGGAAUGCAUCGGGAUGCUGGAUAGAAGCAUAGUAUACUUCGGUGCAUCUAUACACUCGAUCACAAGAGGUCAAACAAGACAUGGUAUCGAAGAGUGCUUCAAGAAAGGAUAUAUCUGUGUACGAGGAUUUCAUCGGAGGACAAGAACACCAAUGCGCCUAUGCGGCACACUGCAUGCUACCAACACCGUAAAAAAAGAAGCUUUGAAGAAAGAAGCUGUGAAGAAAGAAGGCGAGGAGAAGCUUGCAAAGCGGGCCAGGACGUCACCGGAGGGGAAGACUAAGGAGAAAUAGGCACCUUCGGUGAACUAGGACGGUACCUGAUGGUCGCUUGACAUAGCUGUGUACAAAUUGUAGCUGAUGAGAAUAAUGCUUAGCUAGUUCUGUAACCCUGUGUUAGGAGGACAGUACGUAUUUUAGUUGUUAGUUAUGAUGCCUAGGGGUGGGAGCGAAUAAAUGGUGGAGGUCUCUUGUGUGUCGGCUACUUUAUUUCUCUCUCUUUAUGCCCUGUACAGCCGAGACUCUGCUUACCUCCAUGUUGCUGUUGGAUUAUCCGUCUUUGAAAGCACCGUGUCUGAAAGAUCUACAGCUAGUGAAGAGAAAGAGAGGAAGCCAUGUGGCCAUAGAGGCUGUACUUCUAAUCUUCCCGCAGUAAAUACUACUAAUUGACUGA